AUGGAACUAUUGAAUGACGAACAGAUUGGCGAUUUGCUUGAAUCUUCAUAUUUCGAGCAAUUCGAAGUCAAGGUCGACAAUGAUCCCGUGACAACCUCAGGGACAACAACCGCAAACACAACCCCCCAUUUACUAGACAAGAAUUUCGACUUGUUUAAUGAAUUCGACAUCUACUAUGAUGACGAGCCGGUCUCGACUUCAUCUUCAUCCUUCUGGCCCAUCACCAGUUACAUCCCCGAACCCAUCAUGGCCACUAGGGCUAAUCUGGUCUCUUCCAUAAUGUCAAUGACAACAGCAGCAACAACAACACCAACUUCUGCCACGUUCAGGUGGCACAAUCAUAAUCACAACCAAAGCCAAAGUCAAAACCAUAGUCGAAAUCAUUGCCGCAUCCAAAGUCUCGCAUCCCCUUUACAAGUGCCAGCUGAACUACAAUUGCCUUCAGCAAUGCCUCCAGCUUGUGCAACAACAGUGCCUUCGCCGGUACACAAUAAAAUUAGACCAACUCAACGAAGUAAGUCCUUCGAUGCAUACAAGUCCAGUGGUGGCGACAUUUACUCGUAUAAUUUCUCGAGUCUUGCCAAAGCUCAACAUUCAAAAUACAAGGUUCAUAAAUCUUCUUCUUCGUCGGUCUCAACUACUUCAAAUUCGUCGCCCAUCAUGAUGAGAGCACCUUUGAAACCCUGCGUCACAAUUGCAUCGAUAGAUACACUAGAUAAAUUCCAAAAGCUGAUGACCAUAAACAAUGGCAAUGCCUAUAACAACAACAGCAGCAGCAAUAACAACAGCAUCAACAAUAGUAAUAGCAUGCCGAAAAAAGUGGGAAAUCCCUUUUAUAAGCCAGUCACCCGAGCCCAAAAACAGCCCAGUUCUCAACCACAAUUGCAACCACAAUUGCAACCAGAACCAUCAAUAAAUCUGACAGCAUCGGUGAACCUGGCUACACCAAUAGAGCCGGACCCAAUCUCCACCAUGGUGAUACCUAACGAUCCAGCUCUUUCAAAGACAUUCCAACUUGAAGACUGCUUGGUUUUAGAGUCACUAUUCGACAGUUAA